AGGUAAAUAUGAUUGUCUUAUCCUGAUGCAUCCAAAACAAAUAUCUUGAUGAGAAAACGAAAGAUUAGCAACAGCAAAUUUUACUUAGUUCUUGAGGUGUGUUGAAUUUCUGUUUUCCUAUUUUCCUAUCUUCUACCUGCAUCAACAAUGGCAUCGUCCGCUGCUCUUAGCAUCGUCGGCGCCGGUGCCGGAACCUGGUUUUCGGGGGAAAGAAAUCUCUCUCCGGGACCCAGGAAGCAUUUUCUGUGGUUAAGCCUUCCAGGAAAGCAUUCGCUACAUUACAAGUGCUUUCGGCUCAUACCCAGAACGAAAGGCUUCAUUUUUGCUUUGGGAAAGGAGGCUGAAGAUAGCUUUCUCUCGAAUAUGAAUGAAGAUACGGAUGAUAUGUUUGAUGACUUGUUUAAUAAGUAUGGGAAGGUCGUAUUCAGGCGAACUGAUCAAAAGCCCCCUACUGCUGAGGUUGAUGAUGAUGCUGAAAGCUUAGCGUUUGCGGUAGCAAUGGCCAAGGUUGCAAGUGAGGUGAAAGCUGCAGAUAUAAAAGUCCUCUUUGAGAAGCCUUUUGUGUACGGGAAUAGGUUUUUCAUCAUUGCAACAGCAGGUGUGAAUCAGAUGGUGGAAAGAGAAGGAGAUGGAAGAAAUUAUCAACUGUCAAGAAAAGCACAGAAAGGAAAAGGAGCUUAUGGAGGUGCCAAUAUGACUCACAAGCAUCGCCAGAAUGAGAAAAGUCAAGCAAUGAGGCCCUCUAAUUUCAGCUUCUCAAUCUCAAUCUCAUGUAUAAGCUUUUGGGUUUUGAUCAUCUUCGGCUUUGCUUAUUUUUCUCCCUAG